AUAUGAGGUUGACCCCUACACUGCAUAUUGUUUGACAAAUGAUCCCCAUGAAGUCGCACGUGUGUGAUUGGCCCAGUUGCGGCAAGGCUUUUACGCGUGCUGAGCAUCUGCGUCGCCAUGCCCUUAACCAUGAAGCUGCCCGGGAUGGGUAUACCUGUGAGCGGUGCUCGGUGCAUUUCCGUCGACCGGAUUUGCUGAGUCGCCAUCUGAUGCGCCAUGCCAAACGCGAUGAGGAGGCGGGAGGGCCAGGAUUAGGAGUGUUAGAGACGAGGAAACGCACCCGCCGAGCUGGCGAUGGCACGAUCAUCACUCGUCCUCCGAAGCGACAAUCUCGCGCCAGUGCCAUGCCCUCCUCCUCGGCGUCUUCCUCGUCCAUUUCCGUUACCAGUGCCCAAGACUAUGCUCCUGUGUCGCCACCGACGUCGGCUAGUGAUCCGUCCUGUUUGUCGCUGGAUGAGCCGGACCCGUUGCUGGCCCCGAUGAUGCCCAGCGGCCCGUUCGAGCCCUAUGUCGAGCCCAUCCCGGGACAAUUUGAUGCUGCCGAUGGCUCUUGGAGCUUGGGACUGGAUGGGAUGGGCGAUCUGUUUAAUCUAGAUACCGCCACCGACUUCAACAUGCCUUUUGCGGCCACUCACAACUACAACUGGCUGUUCGACGUGGCCUCCCUCGACGAUGCGUUUCAGCCGUUUGACCUUCCGUUGGGACCUGAGAUGGUCAGUUUUGCCGACCCUCUUCCCAUCGACAACCCUAAGCCCAUCUUCGACCGCGACGGCUCCUCAGUACUACUGGAGGCUGCUUCAUUUGUCGAACGCGGCGACUUUAUCCCCGACCCUCCGGACAACAUCAACCUAGACUGGAUGGACGGGCCCUCUCUGCUACAAUCCAACCCAUCUCCUCACCUCCCCGUCCUGACCGACUCCGCCCGCCACGGCAUCCUCACGCUGGUUUCCCAAAAUUCCCCCCUGGGCAUCGACGGCCACCCCACCCCCCUGGACUCCCCCCUCCUCUCUCUCCCCUCCCUCCAAUCCUACAGCGACCUCUUCUUCACCCGUUUCAACACCACCUAUCCCCUGAUCCACCAACCCACCUUCCACCCACCAACCACGCCCCCCGUCCUCCUCGCCGCCAUCGUCUCCAUGGGCGCCACCUACAGCAGUCGCGAAGCGCACCAACUGGCGGUAGGAAUCCACGACUCCCUCCGCAACCACCUGUUCUGCCACGCCGACUUUUCCCCACAACCCGACCUGUGGAUUCUGCAAGCAAUGCUCCUGAUCGACUGUUUCGGGAAGAUGCGCGCGGGGCCGAAACAGCGUGAACGCGCACAACUGUUUCAUUGCGUGUUGAUUAAACUGAUUCGUCGGAGUGAUUGCUGUUCCAUUCGCCAAUCCCACCCCCCAUCUCCGUCUCAAUCGGGAGAAACCCUAACCGCCGCAUGGCACACCGCCAUGCAAAAUGAACAAAAAAAGCGCGUCGCCAUGCACUGCUUCAUGUGGGAUACCCAGCACGCGGUCCUCUUCUCGCAAUCCUUAUGCAUGUCUGCGUUUGAGAUCCGGUCCGGCCUCCCUUGCCCCCCUGCAUCAUGGGACGCACCCACCGCAGAAGCAUGGGCCAAUUCCCUCUCCAUAUCCCCCCAACCCCCCGCUCUAUUUCUCCCCGUCCUAAAAACCUACAUCACCCCAUCCCCCACCCCCAGAUCAAGAUGCAAAUCGUUGAACCCCCUCUCCCGCACCCUCCUCCUCCACGGCCUCAUGUCCAUCUCCGCCGACCUCAAACGCCGCGACCAAACGACUCUCCGCUCCACCUCGCCCGACAAAGUCGGCAUCUGGACGCACCGCAUGGCCCGGUCGUACGAUCGCUGGAAAGUGGACUUCGAUGCGGACUGUCUGGCUAUGAAGUUAUUCCCCGGGGCGAUGCAGUCCGGGGAUCGGUUCCUGGGGGUUAAAAUGGCCGCGAAUGCGCUGUAUCAUGUGGCGCAUGUGGCGCUGCGGGUGGAGGUGUUGGAUUUGCAGAUUGCGGCGGGGGCGGGGAGGGUUCUGGGACGGGGGGUGACGGAGGGGGAUGUGCUGCGUUCCCGGGGGGUCGUGGGGAGGUGGAUACAGAAUACGGAUCGGGAUGCUGGAGGUGGCGGGGAUAGUGUGGUCAUCGCGGUCAAACACGCGGCCGGACUCCUCCACGACGCGGUAAUGAGUCUCCAUGAAUGGGAGCAGAUGGACGCGUUUCACUUUCCCUGGUGUUUGUAUUUGGGGACGUUGGUGGUGUGGGCGUUUCAUGGGGGUAUCCAUACUCUUACUAGCGGAGGGGGCGGUGGAAGAAGCCAUGGUGGAGGGGACGGGGGCACCGAUCUGGCGAGUUUGAUCGUGGCCAUGACGACGUGUGGAGGGUUAGGCGAGUUGAGGGCGCUCGAAGGGCGGUUUGAUACAACUGGCUUGGUGCGGAUGAUGGCGGGCCAGUUGGCCACGGUACGGUGGGCGGUGGUGCAUGAUGCGAUGAAGGUGUUGGUGGGGUUGGGGUGAUUCUUGGUCUGCUUUUGCUUUUGUAUGUCUGUCUGCAUAUCGGUCCAUCUUGCAUGUAUACAUCCAAAUCCAUCAUCC